UAAUGUAGGAGCUGAUGCCGCAGAGCCACCAUCACUACAGCUUUAUCAAUGGAUGCAACUUUACUUUAACCUGAAAUACGUCACUGCACAGACACACUCUGAAUUUCCAUAUUUCUAAGGCCAGUCUUUGAAGGCAGCACAUACCCUCAGUUAUUUUUAACUGCAGCUGUUUCUUUGCAACUUGACAUUAAACAAUGACAGAAGGGACCAACAUGCCAGAGGGGGACACAGCCGGUAAGGAUGAGGUGCCCACCGGGGUGCCAGCAGAGGAGAAGCGGCAGGAGGAGGCGGAGGAGGAGAAGAAGGAGAAGAACGGGGACAGCAAAGUGACCAUACCGGGACAAACCGCGGAGGAGGUCGAGUUUGUGCACCCGGAGGGAGGCUGGGGCUGGCUGGUCAUGCUGGCCGCCAUGUGGUGUAACGGCUCCGUGUUUGGGAUCCAGAACGCCUUCGGGAUCCUCUUCCUCUCCCUUCUCCGGGAGUUCGGCUCCGAGCACGACGAGGACCUCCGCUUCAGGACAGCAUGGGUGGGCUCUCUCUCCAUGGGGAUGAUCUUCUUCUGCUCUCCCAUCGUCAGCGUCUUCACCGACAUCCUCGGAUGCAGAGUCACCGCAGUGGGCGGCGCUGCUGUUGGCCUGGUUGGCCUACUGGCCAGCUCCUUUGUCACGUCCCUGGGCCCCCUGUAUUUCACCUAUGGCAUUGUAUUUGCCUGUGGCUGCUCUUUCGCCUACCAGCCCAGCUUGGUCAUCUUGGGCCACUACUUCAAGAAGCGCCUGGGUCUGGUCAAUGGCAUUGUAACGGCCGGCAGCAGCAUCUUCACCAUCACCUUGCCCUUCGUGCUGUCGGGCUUGCUGGAAAAAGUGGGCCUCCAGAACACCAUGCGCGUUCUGUGCAUCCUUAUGUUCAUACUGAUGCUGGCUGGCUUCACCUACAAGCCCCUGAUGCCAGUCAAACCCAGCAACACCCGCACAGGAAGCAAGUGCCCGCCCUUGGGUGAGAUCUUCAACAUCAAUAUCUGGAGGUCUUUGGGAUAUCGCAUUUGGGCUUUUGGAAUCCCUGCAGCCCUCUAUGGCUACUUUGUGCCUUAUGUUCACCUGAUGAAGCAUGUGGAAGAGCGUUUUGGAGAAGACACCAAUAAAGAAGUUCUGCUCAUGUGCAUUGGCAUCACAUCCGGCGUGGGCCGUCUCAUCUUCGGCAGGGUGGCAGACUAUGUUAAUGGAGUCAACAAAGUCUACCUGCAGGUGGCUUCCUUCUUGGUCAUUGGCCUCAUGUCCAUGAUGAUCCCUCUGUGUAACAUUUUCGGGGGGCUGAUCGCCGUGUGCCUGCUGAUGGGGCUGUUUGACGGCUGCUUCAUCUGCAUUAUGGCCCCUAUCGCCUUUGAGUUGGUCGGAGCCAAAGACGUGUCUCAGGCCAUCGGCUUCCUGCUGGGCCUGAUGUCCGUGCCCAUGACUGUGGGGCCCCCCAUUGCAGGUUUCCUGAGAGACAGACUAGGUAGCUACGACGUGGCCUUCUACCUGGCAGGCAUCCCCCCGAUCUUCGGAGGAGCCGUGCUAUGUCUGAUACCGUGGGUGGAGGCCAGGCGCAAGAGAAGGGAGAAGGAGGAGGCCCUGAACAAAGAGCAGGACGUCACCCAGAAGAUGAUCGAGCAGGAGAAAGCUCAGGAAGACACACGAAGCAAAACAGGGGAGUCUGUCCUCUAAGUGCCUCGCUGAACAGACUGAGAGAGACACACAUAGGGUCAGACUGAGACCGCCGAGGACUGAGAUACAGUAUCUGUGUUUUUAGCCGAUUGUAAUGACUGCCUUGAGUAGGAGAAAAUGCCAAAGUGAUGAAACAUAUCAGAUAGAGUCAUAGGUUGAAGUUUAACAUGAAUGUGAUCCUGCAGAACUAUGCAUUAGAUAGUUAGAUGAAUCUUACAACACACAAACUUGAGGUUUGAAAUUGAAACUGAGAAAACAGCACAUUUAAUAUCAGUCACAAGGGAAAGAAUACAUGCAAUGAAUGCAGUGUGAAAGCUGCUGACUUACAUCUUUAGCCAGUGUCUUUACCAAAAACACUUUCAGAAGGGAAAGGUGGAUUUACACCAUUCUUUACAAUUAGUUUUCAACAGUACCGUAUGGUUUUAUAUGUAGAAAUAUGGCAUAAAAAGAACACGUAUUGGAUUACACAAGACAGCAACCCAGUCAUGUGGGGGGACAUAACUUGAUUUAGCUUCAGUCAGUAUCAUUGAUAAGCAUCAGUGCAAAGCAAACUGGUCUGCUAAAGAUUUCUCCUUAAACCUGCCAUCUUUAUCGUCUCCAGUGUCCCGUCAGACAGGAUCCUCCUGUUAACAACAUCUUAAAGCAUGCCAAAAAUUGUAAACAAGGGUAAUCUGUUCAUAGUAUUUCAAAGAGACAUACAAAAGAGUGCUCUGAGAGAUUCAGAGGUCAUUAUUAGUGUCAGCCAUGAGACUCUGGGGCUGUAAAGGUGCUUGGACACUUCAAGGGACGCUGCUUGAAGCACAAAGAUUUUCCAUCCCGUCUGAGACACGGACACACAGCUCUGUCCCCCAGGCUGGAUCCAGGAAAUCUCAUCUUUAAUACAACAGACUGCACUCAAGGCUGGAUUACCAACUGGGCAAGUCAUGGCCCCAGACCCUUGGGGUCCCAAAGGCUCCAUGUUCACUAUGUUGCAGUUAGCUCGUGGUAAGUAAUUGCACUUUAGUUUGGUAUGUAUGCACCACUAAAUCAGAGUAUAAUCUGCAGUGAUAAGGAACGUAAAGGGACAGUUCACCCCCAAAUCAAAAACACAUUUUUCCUCUUACCUGUAGCGCUGUUUAUCAAUCUAUACUUUUGAGAUACAAGCUGCUGAGAUUCAGAGAUGUCUGCCUUCUUUCCAAUAUAGUGGAACUAGAUGGCGCCCGGCUUGCUGUGUUCAAAGCGCCAAAAAAAUACAUUUGAAACCUCAACAGCAAUGUCUCUUUCCAGAAAUCAUGACCUGGUUACUCAAGAUAAUCCACAGACCUUGUUGUGAGCAGUUUCAUGAAGGAACUAUUUUCUGUUUACCCAAUUACAGCAGCCAACCAUUAUCACUGUACAGAAGGAAGAGUGCAUCUACUCAUGGACCCAGUGAUAUGUUUGGUGGGUGUAAUUGGGUAAACAGAAAAUAGUUCCUACAUGAAGCUGCUCACAACAAGGUCUGUGGAUUAUCUUCAGUAACCAGGUCAUGAUUUCUGCAAAGAGACAUUGCUGUUGAGUUUUUCAAAUGUAUUUUUUUGGCACUUUGAGCACCACAAGCUGAGUGCCAUCUAGUUGCAUUAUAUUGGAGAGAAGGCAGACAUCUCUAUGGCUGAUAUCUCCAACACUCUGCAACUCACACCAAAAUAAUCUAUACUGAUAAAUAGCACUACAUGUUAGAGGAAAAUAUAUAUUUUUGACCUAGGGGUUAACUGUCACUCUAAUUUUAUAUGGAAUAACCACAAACUAAUGAUUCAUUAUUACUAAUACAGACACAAUACAAAGGAAUAGGGGAGUCAAUUGAGGCCCUGAGGCCCCAUGAAGGGUUAAUCAAGCCCUGACUGUACUGUGACUGACUCGUGUUAAGGGGUAGCUUGUUAUAGAACCGUGUGCCUGAGAAACCUCGUCAGUGUUUAACAUUCAUAUCUUUAAAAGGACGAUUUAACAUUUUGGGAAAUACACUUAUUUGCUUUCUUUCAAACAGUUCAUGAGAAAUCGAUAUCACCUCCACCACCAUAUCUGUCUAUUAAACAUAUGAAGUUUUCAGCUUAGCUUAGCUUAGCACCAACACUGGAAACAGAGGAACAAAAUCAGACUUCCAGCACCUAUAAAGCUAGCUUAUUAUGUUUGAUCUCAUUUGUAUAAUCUACAAGACAAUGAGGUAAAAAGAUGCGUCUUGACGUUAUGAGAGGGUUAUAUGCUGGACUGUUUCUUGAUGAGACUUCCUGGAAUCUCGUAAGCGUAUUACCCAAAAUGUCAAAUUAUUCAAUCAACAAAACUCUCAGCCAGCACAAGUACACCAGCUUUCAGUUGUGAACCUGAAUAUUGAUUCAUAAGGAACAUAGUGACAUUGUGUUUGUGUAUAUGUCUAUUAAUUGACCGUAGUGUUGACAUUAGGCAGUAUUUCUUUAAAAAAAAAAAAAAAACAACUGUGGUGAGACUUGUUUUUAAAGUUGUUUUUUUCUCUGUAGUUUGGUCCAAUAUUUUCAGCUUACACUUUCAUUGUGUGACAUAAAGUGACAGUGCUGUGCCUCUGGUUAAAGUGGAAAAAAAAAUCUCAUAUAAGCUGGUAUAUGAAAGAAAAUGAAGUUUGCCCAGUAGCUGACGCAGUCCAGGUCAUAAAACAACCGUGUCAACAGCAGAGCACCUACUUGGAUGGAUGACCUCUUAAAAGGACCAAAGGAAAAAGAAAUACUGGUGCAUAUGUAGUUCCUCACCACUUUAUUAAGAGGCUUUUACACUUUUAUCCACAGUAUCUUAUCAUUUUAGAGACUAACUUUCCACUAUUUGAAAUGGAAGUGAGGACAGGAGUUUGACUUAUCAUGGACUACGUGACCAUUAGUCAGUGAAGUCAAGUUAAUCAUUAACUCUGUGCCCAGUUCAUUAACCUUCAACAGAAAGGUGCUUGUUUUAUGUUUUCAUAUGGUAUUUAUUUUUUAAGUUGUCGUGGAGAAUGUCAUGCUGUAAUUGACGGGCAUUUGCCUUAAGCCUUGAUUUCAUUCACUGAAGACCAAAAAUGUACUGAAAUGAAAAUGGGUGAAAGUGUGUUAAUCCUGUUUGCUUGCCGUCAUGUGUCUCCCUAAAGCCUACAGGUAGUGUUAGCGAACCAUCUGAACAUGUUAGGAAGUCACUCAGCGGUCAGUCACUGUUGACAGUGAGGGAUUGCUUUUGGAAAACUCAGAGACCUUUUGGAAAUCAGUGCAGCCAACACACAGUGGCACCCCCAAGGAGGGGGCCAGAGGGGGCUAUGACCCCUGAUACAAUUCCCUUUGAAAACAAUUGGAGGCGGACAUUACUGUCUUUAAGAGACUGUAGCAUGUUCAUUUUUAAGCUAGCAUGAAGGAAGUGGUAUCGUGUGUAACUAGGCAACCCAAGGCAUCCAUUGGUACCAACCAUGUCCGUUAAACAUGUAAAGCCAGCAGCUUUUCUUGGCUUAGCGUAGCUUAGUUUAGCUUACUUUAGCAUAGUUUAGCUUGGCUUAGCUUUGCCCCUGAACUGGAAACAGGGAAAACAGCCAUGCUAGUUUUGUCAGAAGGUAACUUCCAGCACCUCUAAAUGUAACUAAUUGAUAUGUUUGAUCUCAUUUGUACAAUCUGUCCAAAAAAUGGGAGUAAAUUAUAAAUGUAAGGCAUCCAUUGGCACCAGCCACGUUGGCAUAGCUUGUUGGGAAAGGGGCUAAAUAAUGCUCCAAAUUUAGGCUUUUGUUGAGGGAACAACUGGCAUGGCCAUUUUUAAGGGGUCCCUUUAGCUCUCAUCUUUUGAUAUCUAAAUGAAAAUGGGUUCAAUGGGUACCCAUGAUUUUCCUCUAGACAUGAGAAGGCUUGUUCCCAGUAAAUGUUUUGUUCCAUACAAUCAAUGUACUCCUUCAAAUUAAAGCUGUAUAUGUGUCUUCGUAAGGAAAAAGACAACCAGCCUAUAUGAAGAACACUGAAUUGGCUUACAUGUGCGGAUACAUGACACAUUAAAACAGGAUUCCUGUGGAACUUUAAAUGUUAACUGUAGCCUACUGGUAUUAGUCUAUGUACAUUAGAUAAUCAGUAAUAUUGACAGUCCACAUUGACAUAGUUUGUAGCUAGCAUGGAUACUUUAACAGCAUAAUAGUAUUCCUGAAAUCCAGUUCUGGCUUUUAUUUUUUGUGUGCCACCCAAAUAUUUUCAGCGCCCCCAUCUGGCCACAUCUAUAUAAAGAAUGUCUUGGGUUGCCACUGCCAGCACUGACUUUCUGUGGGUCGAUGAUGUUUCCCUGUGCAGACCUGUGACACUCUCUACCUCAGAUGUUGUAAAUGUGCAGAGCUCUCUUGCCGUCCCUGUCGCUCCAUCCGAGGCAGUCGGACAGAGCAGUGUUCAUGUUUGAGUGUGAGUGGAGAAACGCAAAUAAACUACACAGUCUUAGAAAAACGAUCUAGCUGUCCAAAGUUUUGCUCUUUAAUGCUGCUCAGAACCAGAAAUGCCUUUUUUUAAAGUAUGAGAAACAACAGCGUUUACAUCUUUUCUCCUCUCUAGAUAUGUAUUUUUAUUAUGAUUAAAUCACAUCCGUUGCCUUUAAAUUCAGUCUUUUUUUAAUGAUGCAUGACUGUUUAUAGCAGACUUGUUUAUUUUUAGACUGUUUUUUUUUCCGUCAUAGUACUACCCAAAAGUUUAUUGCAUUUUGUUGUGAAUUUGCUGUGAUUUCUAAUCAAACCACUUACUUUAUUCAGUUUAUCUGUGUAUGUGAAUGCAUUUUGUUUUUGCAGCAAGUGCAGAUAAAGAUUCACCUCUGUAAAGCUUUGCUGCAAGAAAUGCAUCUUUGCUUCUUUCAUUUUAUUUUAGCAUAGUUUUGUUUUAAUUUCUGUUCACAUAUUGCUGACUUUUGUUUUAUGCUUAUCUCUCAUGAGUUACCCAAAAUGUUUUCUACCAAAAUAUUAUUCUUCCUGUCUUUCCUUUCUGCCGCCGGAUGUGUGGUGAACAACAGUAUAUGCAAUGUAAUGUUAUGUAAACCAAUCAGAUUUCAGCAUUUUUAUGUCAGUAAAAAAAAAGCUGUUUACAUUU